AUGAAGACUCAGAUACAACUACCAAAGAUAGAUAUUACUAUGGUUAAGUCAGUUCCGCAUCCUAAUAGCCAAAGAACUUUUUUCACCUCUUCAAGUCGAACAAUGGCGCAAAGAUCUCAAUCACAAUGUAGAUCUGCCCGUGUACAAAAGGUAUAUCAUAAUGAACAUCCGAUAUUCUUGUAUCUCAACCCCGCUAUUGAAAGAUUUGAAUUGUUUUGUAACGCGUUUAGGAUGUUUGUCGCUACAUGUAAAGUUGAAACGACAAAUGAUCAGUUACUUUACCAAUUUGGUCAUGUAAACACAACAUUCAGAGCAUUUGCAAGCAUGGCUAAAAACCAUUUCAAUCUUUCUUACGCAGAAAUUCAAAGUAAGAUUCCGUUUUCUGGAGCACUCUCAAAAUCGGGCAAGGAAUUUGUAGAAAAUUGGAUAUCUUUUGUUCAACUAAUGAAUCGUACUACAUUAAAAGGAAUUAUCCCUUUGGUUAAAAUUUUACAUGGUUAUCUUGUUGAAUUGACUGAAUUACUUGAAAGCGUAUUCUCUCUUGUUCGUGUAACUUCAAUAGAGGAUAGCUACCUUGAAUCUCAGAAAAAAUGGAUUGAUGAAGAAUUAGGAAGUUACAAAAGGGAAACUCUUCUCAUUUCUAUGAGGGAGCUACCACCUUCUAGCAAAUUUUCAAUACAUGAUUAUGCUUCUAGGUGCAUAAAAAUUAUUGAUGCUGUUGAAGCCGUAAUUAAGCCUCUUCCACAGCCAUUCAGCUUGAAAAGCGCUGAGUUAGCAAGAGACAAAAGCAAUGUUCUUAUAAAAACAAAGCAAAUACGAGAUUUGAUCGAUGGUCUCAUAGAAUUUGAUGAAUCUCUCACAAAGAUGAAAGAAAAUGUUGUAGAUACUAAUGACACCAUAUCAGAUUUAAUGGAGAAGCUUCAAUUCCCUUAUGAAUUCCAUAUUUCAUUUGAUAUGAAGCCAAUUCCAACAUCUGAUGUGACAACAAGCCGCUCAACACCAAGAACAACUAAGGUUAGAUCAACUAAGAUUACUGCUAAACUGCAGGAAAUUCGUGACCUUUUUAAGGAAUAA